AUGUCUGAACCAAGCCCAAACCCAAUCCUGUCUCUCCCUGAUGUGCACACCGCAUUCGCGGCCUUCCAAGACGACCCCUUGGUCCAAGCAGUAACUGCCUAUGUCAAGGAAUACAUGAAGCGCUACGACGCCUCCCACAGCUGGGACCAUGUCGAGCGCGUCGUGGCCAUGGCGCAUCAUAUUUACGAGCAUUCCCCACAUGAGUUAAAAAACAAGGCCGAUCUUAGGACGGUGCAUCUCGCGGCGCUGGUGCAUGAUGUUGGGGAUCAUAAGUACCGCAAACCAGAAGAACCUCUCCUCCCCCUGUCAGAACUUCUCCCCCAGAUCACAUCUCCCAUCCCUUUCCCAGCAGAUCUAGCUCAGAAACUUCAAACUAUUAUCCCGGCUAUAAGCUACACUCACGAAACCCGCCAUCCUUCCCAAACUCUCUCCCUGAUAAUACAACAUCCCGAACUAGCCAUAGUUCAAGACGCGGACCGGCUCGACGCAAUGGGUGCGGUGGGAAUAGGGAGGAUGUUUACUUACGGGGAUGCUAGAGGCAACUCUGAUGGGAAAGGGAGGAGUCUUGCUGAGACAAUGAAGCAUUUGGACGAGAAAUUGCUGAAGCUUGAGGGGAUGAUGAAGACUGAUGUGGGGAAGGAGGUUGCGAGAGUGAGGGGGAGAGGUUGA